AUGGCACCUAGACUCCCUCCUCCACCUCAACCUACUGAACCUGAUGUGUCCAACAACGCUAGGUUGUUGGAAACGGUGAUUGACCGACUGCAGCAACAAAACACGACUUUGAUGGAGCAGAAUGCCACUUUAAUGCAGCAAAAUCAGAGUGCCAUGCAGAGUUUGGAGGCUUCGUGUGCCAACUCUGAAACGACUCAGCUACAAUUGAUGGAAAUUCUUGCUGCUACCAGGGGCACGUCAGGAGCUUCCUCUUCCAACGUUGCUCAACCAACUGAAUGGAGUUUGCAGAGUUUCCUCCAACACCAUCCGGCCAAAUUCAGUGGAAAGUGCCUCCCUGACGAGGCAGAUCAGUGGCUAAGAGACAUGGAGAGAAUCUUUAACGCCAAAAGAUGCCCGGAUGAAAACAGGUUGGCGUUCACAGAGUACCUACUGACUGGAGAAGCUAGCCAUUGGUUGGCGAGCAUGAGAGCAAUCUUAACGGACGCUCAAAAUCCAAUCACUUGGGAAGUAUUCAGAAGCAAGUUUUAUGAAGAGUAUUUCCCUUAUAGCGUCCGCUUUGCCAAGGAAGUUGAAUUUCUGCAGCUCGUCCAAGGCGGAAUGUCCGUUUCUGAGUAUACGAACAAGUUCAAACACUUGGUUCGUUUCAAUACGAUGGCCACCAGUGGAGAGUGGCAGUGCAGGAAGUUUGAGAACGGAUUGCAGAGCGACUUGAAGGUUUUAAUCUCCAGUCUUUGUAUACGGACGUUUCCUGCUAUGGUUGAGAGGGCCAAGGUUUUAGAGAAGAACAUGGCAGAAGCGGAAAGAAACAAGAAGCAACAACAGGCUGUAAGGGGACCAAUCGUAGCAAGGAGUAAUGUCAAUCAGAGGGGAUCCCCUUACGCUCGUCCAAAUCAGUCAUUAAGCGCAAGUGGGUCUCAAACACUGGUUCCUACCGGACAGUCUGGGCAGCAAGGUAACGUCACCUGUUUCCAAUGUGGGGGACCACAUUAUCGUUCGUCAUGCCCUCAGCUGGUGGGCGGGAAACAUUGUACUCGUUGUGGAAGAAAUGGGCAUUUGGAGAACGAGUGCAACUUGGGAGGACGAGCGGUAAUGAGACCACCAAACGCUGGAAGGAAUCAGCCAAGAGGUGGACGGGCUCAAGCAGUGGGACGAGUGUAUGCUAUAACUGGAGCAGAGGCAGCAAGCUCAGGUAAUCUUAUAAUUGGUGAAUGCUUGCUAUAUGGAAUGCCAUGUCGUGUAUUAUAUGACUCGGGGGCAACUCACUCCUUCAUCUCGAAGGCGUGUGUUGAAAAACUGGGAAUAGUAGAGAGAGACAUGCAGUUCGACUUGGUGGUGUCAACCCCAGCGGCUGGAGAGCUUAGGACAUCUACCGUAUGCAUUAGAUGUCCUAUUGCGGUUGAGGGGCAUAGUUAUAAGGUGAACUUAAUUUGUUUGCCUUUGAAGGAGUUAGAAGUAAUUUUAGGAAUGGAUUGGUUGGCUGCCAAUCGCAUUCUUAUAGACUGUGGCAAGAAGGAGUUGAUUUUUCCAGAAGAAGAUGAAGAAGAGUUAUUAGUAACGCUCGGUCAAUUAAAAGAAGACGUUAUGGAAGGCGCCAGCUGUUUCCUGAUUAUGACGCAUGAAGAUCAGGAAUUCGUAGGAUUGGUUAAAGAACGAUCGUCCACUAGUGACAGUAAUGGACGAUCAAUUGUGGAUGAGUUUGCGGACGUCUUUCCAGAAGAAAUUCCGGGACUGCCUCCUGUUCGUGAAGUUGAAUUCACCAUUGAUUUGGUGACGACGGCAGCGCCUAUCUCAGUUCAACCAUACCGGAUGGCGCCUGCAGAGUUGGUUGAACUCAAGAAGUAG